GUUUAUAUAAUAAUAUUUUUAAAUUUUUAUUUAAACUGUAAUUUUAUAUUAUUAUACAAAUACAGAUUUUUAAAUUUGAAGACGACGACAUGAAUAGAAAAAGUGAUAAUAGGGGAUUUAAGUUCCCAAAGAUAAUGUUUGAAGUUGAUCCAGAGACAGGACGAGAAAUUCUACUUCCCCUCAAUUUUCAAAAUAAUGACAUUAAACAAGGAAAUUCAGCUACAAAGAGCAGUCCGAUAAAGAUCUUACCACUAGACUUUAACAAAAUAAGAGAGGAAAUUCAGGCAGGAGAACGACAAAGUAAAAAAAGAAAAAUAGAUGCCCCAAACAGUGCCAAAAGGCUUUUUACUUCAACCUUGCAGAAUACAGAGUCACUAGCUAAUAAAAGAAGAUCUAAAUUGUCGAUGCCAAGAAAGAGUAAAGUAUUUCAACAACCUUCAUCUCCAUUAUUAAAUAUGGAAGAAGUCGAAGAAGAAAUUUUAACGAAUAAAAAAUCUUUAAAUAAGGUCCCGUUUAAACCUAUAUUAAAGCAAAUCACAGAAGAAAUGCAUGAUAGACGUGGUGGACAUAAAAUAAAAAAUUCGGAAAUAGGAAUCCCUAAAUUUAAAAUAGAUAAGGGUGAAAAUAUCUGUAAAAAUGUAAACCCCUCAGACGAAUGCGAAAGAUACCUAAUGGAAAAUGAAUUUAACACAUCCGACUCCGAGAAAGAGUUCAAUAAAUUAGAACGCAUGUGCAUAGAUUCCCCAAUUAGUAACAUGUGCAACUUAAUGCAAGAUACGGUAAUAGACAGUAUUAAAAAACCAAAACUUAAUACUAAUUAUAACUCAAACUUAACAAUAUGCAUUAAUAAUAUAGAAAAUAUGAAAAGAAACGAAGAAUUAAGACACCAACAAUCCAUCGCUCAAUUAAAUCACACCAUACGAAAUGAAGAAUUAAGACACCAACAAUCCAUUGCUCAAUUAAAUAAUGCAUUACUAACUCUAAAGUCAUUAGUACCAGAUGAAAACCAUAAUAAAGAAAAUCAAAACUCGACAGUCAACAGACGUUCCGAAAGGUUGUUAAAAAAGAGCCCACUCAAAAAUACAAAGCUCUUAACAUCUCCUGCCAUAUUAAGAAAAGACGAUCUCAGAAGAAGUACCUUAAAAAAGAAUAUGGCUGCUAAAAAUCCCGAUUGCGAACAAAGUCCUCGAACACAAAAAGGUUUGGCACUCUACAACUUAAUGCGAUCCAAUAGUUUCGUUUUAGAAACACCGAGGUCUGAUAGAAAAGGUUCCAAUUUGAGUCACAAGAUUCAAACUCAAUGUCUUCUGUUGCAAGAUACUCCAGUGCAUCAUAAAUAAUUUUGACCAAUUAGUAUAAUCUCUUAAAAAGUAGAGAUAGACGGGUCCUUUGUGACAUAAACCAAAUAAACUAACAUUUCUAGUGAUUUUAGAAUAUGUGGAGUAUAAUUAUUUGUUACAGAAAGUUUUUUAAGGUAUUUAUAUGGUACAAAAAAAAAUUCAAAAGUUUAAUAUUAGAAGGUAGUGUAAAAUUUUGACCUUAUUUACAGCUGCUCGAAUACGGAGCCAGAAAUGAUUACGCCCUCUUGCGAGGCAUCUGUUUUCCUUCAAUAAUCA